AUGACAAGCACCAGAGGCACCAUUGACGAACGCCUCACUGCUCUUCUGGCGUCCACCAAUCAGGCGCAGAGCGAGCUUGAUGACAGAAUCACCAACGUUCAUGGCUUGAUGACGACUCAGGCGGCUCAAUUCCAGGAACUCCGUACUCGUUCCGACGGUCAUUCACAACAGUUCGUUACUUUGACAACUCGUUUGGAUUCGAUGGAGGCGAACUCAGCGACGCGGUUCGCUGAGCUUGAGACGAGUUCGGCGACUCGUUUGGCGGACCUAGAGGCGCGGCUCGACGAUCGUUUUGGUCAAUUCACUCACGAGAUCCGGAAUAUGCUACAGGCUUUGGUUCCUCGACCGGCGGGCGUCGUUGCUGUGGUGACAUCAACCAAGUACGACGUGUUCAUCAGUUUCAGAGGAAUCGACGUUCGAAACUCCUUCCUCGGCCACCUCUACUCUCACCUGAAAAUUUACAAGCGAUUGGCGGUCUACAAAGACGAUGUGGAUCUGGAAAGAGGAGAGCAGAUCUCGCCCUCGCUCUUGCAGGCAAUCGAGAGAUCCGAUGUUUAUGUGGUGCUCAUCUCCCCGAAUUAUGCCGAUUCCCCGUGGUGCUUGGAGGAGCUUGAGAAGAUUCUCGAGUCUAGGAAACUGUACGGGCGGAGGGUUAUACCGGUUUUCUACGGCGUUGAUCCUUCUGCCGUUGGUAGCCAGAAAUUGCCCUCUACUGCUGGGAAGAUUCAGAGAUGGGAAGCUGCAUUGAGUGAGAUUGCCGGCCUCUCUGGAUUUGAUUCCAAGGUUAUCAGCCCUGAAACUAAACUCAUCGAUGAAAUCAGCAAGGCCGUAUUUCAGGCAAUCCGCGGCAGCAGCCAGAUGGUGAAGUUCUCGUCAUAUUCGGCUAGCAGAGGCUUGGUUGGAGUAGACAGGAGGCUAAAACAAGUCCAACGGUUGUUGUGCUCCGAUGAUCAUAAGGGCAAUUGGACGAUAGGCCUGUGGGGAAUGGCCGGCAGUGGGAAGACUGCUCUUGCUAAGGCUUUCUUCGAUCUAUUCUCCUCUCAAUUCGAGGCUUCCUACUUCUUCUGCAAUUUCGCUGACGCAAUCGCUAGUGGGGUAACUCGACAACCAUUUGGUAAUCUGCAAAAUGAAUUCUUUUCAAGACUGUUGGGCGAUCACGGAGUUGGUGGAACAUUAUCCUAUGAUUUGACACUCCGUCGCCUUAGUCGUAUGAAGGCUUUGGUUGUGAUCGAUGAUGUGGGCGACGACGUGGGUGACAUUGGACCCCUGAAAGAUUUGUUAAACGGGCAGUAUAGUGAUUUGUUUGGUUCAGGCAGUAUUGUGGUCAUGACAAGCAGGAACCAGCAACUUCUCAAGAGCGUGUGUCAUACUGUAUAUGAAGUUGAGGGUCUGGGUGAUGAAGAAACUUGGCAACUUUUCUGCUUGCAUGCCUUCAGGGAGAAAAGCGUUCGAACUGAAUAUCUGCAGAUGAUCUGGAGAGCAAUACGCUACGUGGGUGGAAAUCCUUUGGCAACUACUAUCUUGGGCGCGCACUUGUAUGGCAGGGAUCUCAAGUUUUGGGAUCGUGAGCUGCAUGCUUUGCAGAAUAAUUCCCCCAACUCAGUGGUUCAGAAUGUCUUGAGAAGGAGCUACGACGGGUUAAGUCGAGCAGAGAAAGAUAUAUUUCUUGAUCUUGCAUGCUUUUAUGAUUAUUGGCAUACGCAAAACUUGGAGAUCAUUGAGGAGAUGUUUUCAGAAGGUGGGAGGAUGAACCUCAUUACUAACCUAGUUGAUAAGUCUCUUAUACGUAUUAUUCCUCUAGGUGAGCGCUCCAUAAAAAUGAAUCCUCUGCUACGAGACCUUGGUUGCAGCAUUGUCAAUGAAGAACGUCAAAUUGGAAAUCGUUCGAGGUUGUGGAAACUUGAAGAUGUGUCUUACCUCUUCCAGCAAAACAAGGGUACUCAAUCACUUGAAGGUAUUUUUUGUAAACAUUUCUACCAGAAACCACAUGGCAUAUGCACACAAUCUGACGCUUUUGAGAAGAUGGAAAACCUCAGAUUUCUUGUGAUUGAUGGUGAUGCUAGCAACCUAAUUCUACCAGAUGAGGGGUUGAAAUGUCUGCCAAAUCCGUUAAGAAUUCUUAAAUGGCGCUCAUUUUCUUCAAAAUAUUUGGCAUCCCAAUUCUCUGCUGAAAAUCUUCUCACACUUGAUCUGUGGGACAGCAAGAUUGAGCAACUUUGGGAAGAUGAUGAACUUGACGUAGAUUUGGGGAAUUUACAAUUUCUUUCUCUUUUGGGAUCCAAGAACCUGAGGAAGUUGCCUAAUCUCUCCACUGCAAAAAGACUCAAAGUAAUUAAUCUCUCUGUGUGUACGAGCUUAGUUGAGCUUCCAACAUCAAUUUUGGAUCUUCCCGAGUUGGAAUACCUCUAUGUGAGUGGCUGCAGCAGCCUAAAGUGGGAUAACUUGGAAGGCUAUGCAAACAGCAGCCAUAUUAAUUCUGAUGUCUUACCCAGCCUUAAAAGCUUUGCCCUCAGUCAUAAGGUCCCUAGUUUCAUCAUGCGCUUGCAGAUUCUGAAACUGGAGUGCCAUAAGUGUACAACGUUGACUGAAUUUCCGGCCAUCCCAAGCCUCAAGGAACUAACCUUGACUGGUAGUUUGAUCGAAGAGUUGGUUGGGUUGGAGAAGUUGACAGAGAUGAAGGGCCUCAGACUUUCAGGAAACGAGCAACUUGUUAUUCUCAGCUCUGGUGACUUGUCCAAGUUGAAAUCUCUCGAAGAGAUUCGUCUGGAUGGUUGUAGCAAGCUGUCCCGACUUCCUGAAAGCAUUGGCAAACUAAUACAUCUGGGAAGUCUUGAUAUAAGUCGCACAGCUGUGAGAGAGCUGCCGUCCUCCAUUGGAGAUCUCACACAACUGUAUAAAUUGCUCCUCAAGGGUUGUAAGAGCCUAGUAUGCCUUCCUGACACCAUGCACAAACUAUCUAGAUUGGAUAGUCUCGUUCUGGUUGGUUGUGAUCAGCUAAGGCAUAUACCAGGCCUUCCUUCAUCCUUGAAAAUUUUGGAUGCACAUGGCUGCAGGUCGCUUCAAACCUUGUCAAUUGGCAGUGUUGAGAAAUAUGCAUUCACAAGUCUGAAGUGGUGCUUUGCCCAGUGCUGGAGCCUGGAUCCAGGAUUAUGUAGUAAGCUUGUGGAUAAGUUCGCCCGAGAUUCAGUUCGGAUCUUCGGCCACUCGAGCCUCAUACUCCCGGCAAAAUGGGGCUGUGGAGAAGGAAGCAUAACGGGAUCCAAUUAUGAUAGUUUUAACAACACAAGGGCUACAGCAAGGUUGCGUGGACAACCAUGGGAGUUGAAGUCAACCAUUUUCUGUGCCCUACUCAGUUCCCCUGACCCCGCUCUUAAUAAUCAGGGCUACGAGUUCCGUGUUAUCGUGAAGAUGAACAAUACAGACAAAGCUGGAGACACAGAAAUGGUGAGUGAUUGCCCGUGGAGACCUUUCCAAAGAUAUGAAGAUCGGGAGGAGGAGGAGGAGGAGGAGAGUCCCUCAAAUGAUCACUUCUUAGUCUGGUCUAUUCGUGGACCACUUGUCGAAGGGAAAACUGUGGAUGAUGGUUCCGAGGUUGAAUUCAUUUUUCGAGACAGUUACAAGACCAAGGGUGGAUCCAGGACACUCAACUUGAUCAAGAACUGUCGGGUUAUCCCUGUUUACAGCAACAGAGUUGUGAGAACCGAAAACGUAAACGAAGAUGAAAAUGAUGAUGAUGAUGACGACGACGAGUCUCCAAACGAGCUCCAUGGAUUAUAUGAUCAGUUGUGCUCCAGUGGGAACUGA